AUGGCCGAGGUCGAAAUUGACCUGUCCUCAGAUACAUCAGAUCAUGUUGACCGCUACCUGGGAGACGAUUUUGACCUGGUGCUGACGGUUUGCGAUGCAGCCAGUGGGAGUUGUCCUGUCUUCCCGGUGGCGAAGCGGCAACUGCACCACGACUUCGAGGACCCGGACAAGCCUGGGAUAAGCGACGAGGAACCGCUGCCGGUGUUCCGACAAGUGAGAGACGAGAUUAGGGUGUAUUGCCGGUGCUUUCUGAGUGCAGAGGUCGGCAUCAACCUCUAA